AUGCCUAAAUUCAACCCGCCAGAAUCGUUCGACUUUAGCCGACCAAGCGAGUGGACGGAGUGGAAACAGCGAUUUUGCAGGUACCGAACCGCCACGAAACUUGACAAGGAGGAUGAAGCCAUCCAAAUUAGUUCAUUGAUAUAUGCCAUGGGACUGCAGGCGGAACACAUAGUUAAGUCUUUCGUAUUUGGUGACGGGGAAGAUGAGACAAAGUUCGAGGUAAUUCUGAAGAAGUACGAUGACUAUUUUGUACCCAAACGUAACGUGAUUCACGAAAGGGCCAAAUUCCACCUGAGAUCGCAAGCUCAAGGAGAAUCAGUCGAAACUUUUAUUCGUUCACUGCAUGAACUCUCAGAACAUUGUGAUUUUGCUAACAGAUCCGAGGCAAUCCGAGAUAGACUUGUUAUUGGCAUCAACGACAAAGGACUAUCAGAGAAACUGCAGCUAACCAAGGAUUUGACUCUUGAGAAAGCGUCAGAAAUGGCCAGGAAUUCUGAAUUAGUGAAAUCUCAAAUUAGAGAUCUACAAUCCAAAAAUUUGGAUGCGGUACGGGUGAAACGUCAUACUCAAGAUCCGCCACACCAAGUAAAUCGUGGAAGAGGUGCGCAACGGACUCGCGGUGGACAGUCUAGUCGCGGCAGAGGAUCUAAUAAUCAGAACCGACAGAAUGCGAAUUUACCGUUGUGUGGAGCGUGCAAUCGUAAACAUUACGAGGGUCAGUGCCCAGAUCAUGGACGGCGAUGCAGAAAGUGCAACCGUAGGAAUCAUUUCGCAGUGUGCUGUCGUUCCAACACUGUUGCCGGUGUUCGUGAAAUUGUCGACGACGACAAUGAUCAUCAUGACUACUUUCUAGGUUCAGUGACCGCGUGCAACGAGGGAGAACCGUGGUUUGUUAAACUUAAAGUUUGUGGUUCAGAGAUUCCGUUCAAGAUUGAUACUGGUGCUGACAUUUCCAUCAUGUCAGAAUACACGUACAAAUCGCUACCAUUUCAACCAAAAUUACAUGUGAACAACAGCAAACUACAAACGCCAAACGGUGAUCUUCACUCACUUGGAAAAUUCAAGGUUACUACUCGACAUAAGAAUCAUCCUUAUUCAUUUCACGUAGUUGUGAUUCCAAGCACCGACUCUCAGAAUAAUCUUCUAUCAAGAUCAGUUGCGUCUACCAUGGGUCUCAUUCAGAGGAUAGGAAGUUUCAUAGAACAUCACGGUACUAUGAAAGGUGACCCAGUGAAAAUUGUUCUCCGAUCUGAUGCGCAACCGUAUUGUGUUACGACUGCUCGACGAAUACCGUUCGCUCUUAUGCCGAAAGUGAAAGCAGAACUCGACAAACUAGAAAAUGAUGGUGUCAUUCGUAAAAUUAAUGAACCUACUGACUGGUGUGCACCAGUUGUUCCAGCAACAAAGAAAAACGGUGAUGUGCGUAUUUGCAUCGAACUUAAACUGCACGAGGACAGUCAAAAAUUGACUACAUUUAUUACUCCUUUUGGAAGGUACUGUUACACGCGCGUACCGUUCGGAAUCUCGUCAGCACCCGAGAUAUUCCAAAGGCGCAUGGGAGAAGUACUAUCUGGGUUGGAAGGUGUAGAGUCGAUAAUAGAUGACGUCAUCAUCUAUGGAUCUUCACGCAAUGAACACGACCGCAGAUUAAAAGCAGCAUUGGAUCGUAUUAGAGAUGCAGGGAUCAAGCUAAAUCCCAACAAGUGCGAAUAUCGAAAGGAGAAAAUUGAAUAUUUUGGACACAUCAUCUCGAAAGAUGGUGUUCAACCUAGUCCAGAACGUGUGCGCUCUAUUCUGGAUUUGCCAGCACCGACUAACAUCAGUGAGUUGCGUCGUAUUAUCGGGAUGAUCAAUUAUCUUGGUCGAUUUGUUCCUGAUCUAUCCAGUAUCAUGAACCCUAUCAAUAAUCUGUUAAAAUCAGACACAGCGUGGACUUGGGAUGAAUCUCAGCAAAGUGCGUUUGACCGUGUGAAGAAACUCAUUACAGAAGCGCCAGUACUUGCAUUUUACGAUAUGACUCGACCCACUAUCGUUAGUGCGGAUGCAAGUAGUUUCGGUAUCGGUGCAGCGCUAUUUCAAGUUGUGGAUGGAGAGACUAAACCAAUCGCAUUUGCGUCUCGCACACUUACCGAGGCAGAGCGUAAAUAUGCGCAAAUUGAGAAGGAAUGUUUGGCCGGAGUGUGGGCAUGCGAGAAAUUCGACCGAUACCUCAUGGGAAUUGGAUCAUUCGAACUGAUUACGGACCAUAAGCCGUUAGUACCGCUGAUUAAUACUCAAGAUCUCAAUAAAGCGCCAUUGAGAUGCCAGAGAUUACUGAUGAGAUUACGUAGGUACAAUGUCGUAGCGAAACAUGUUCCAGGAAAACAACUCGUGGUUCCGGAUACGCUUUCGAGAAGUCCUCUCAAUAUCAGUGAUCAAAGCAAUACUGUUGAAGAUGUUACCGCAUACGUAGCGUCCGUGGUCAAUACGAAACCAUUAUCAGAUAAGAAAUUGGAAGAAAUUCGUAACGAAACAUCUUCAGAUCCGAUCCUACCUGACGUCAUGAGAUACACUAUGCAAGGUUGGCCGCAAAAAGAAAAUUCAUUGUAUGCGGAGUUGAAACCAUCUUUCGCGCCAAGAUUCGAAUUCUCAGUGUCUGAUGGUAUACUGUUCUAUAGAGACAGACUAGUGAUUCCAGAAUCCCUGAGAGCUGAUGUACUCGCAGCGAUACAUACAGGCCAUUUGGGACUGAACAAGUCAAGAGAGCGUGCAAAGUCAUCAGUAUGGUGGCCUGGAUUAUCAAGUGAUUUGGAACAUUUGAUCAGGUGUUGCGAGUUUUGUAAUACCAACCGUCCGUCACAGCGUAGUGAGCCACUUAAAACUACUCAGCUUCCUAGUCGUCCCUGGGUAAGGGUUGGAGCUGAUCUUUGCGAAUUACAGGGCAAAAAUUACCUUGUAGUGAUGGAUUAUUUUUCUCGGUAUUUGGAGAUUGCCUACCUGGACAAUAUCACAAGUAAUCAUGUAGUUGGCAAAUUAAAGAAUAUGUUUGCCAGAUGGGGCAUACCCGAGGAACUUGUUAGUGAUAACGGUGGACAGUUCAGUUCGAAAUCAUUUAGACAGUUUUCGAUUGAUUAUGGAUUUCAUCAUACAUUCUCCAGUCCUCAUUAUCCUCAAGCAAAUGGAGAGGCAGAGAGUGCGGUUAAAGUAGCCAAACGAAUACUCAAACAGCCGGAUGUAUUUCUAGCCCUAAUGGCUUACCGCAGUACCCCCGUACAUGCGACAGGUACUAGUCCAUCUGAACUCAUCAUGGGACGUAAAAUCAGAACUACCGUUCCGAUUGGUUCUGACCAACUAGAGCCUGGAUGGCCGGACCUAGGAAAAGUUAGGGAAAAGGACAGACAAUCCAAACACAGGAUGCGUGUAAACUUCAAUCGUAUGCAUGGAGCUCGCACUUUAAAACCACUUUACGUAGGUGACCGUGUUAGGGUGAAAACUGAUAAAGAAAAGUCUUGGGAUGAGGCAGGAAUCGUCACAUCUGCUGAUUACGCGAACCGCUCAUACUUUGUGAAAACUCUCAGUGGAGACCUCAGGAGAAAUCGUAAGCACUUGCUUCAUGUCAAUGAUGAAAUGCAAGAUUCAUCUCUGCCAAGUGAUUUUCAGUGUUCUUCCGCUAUGGAACCGGAACCGGAAAUUCCGAUGGGGAACCAGAAUUCAGAGGAAUCGCUGUGUACCGAAACAACCACACCACUUACCAAUGAAACUCCGAGUGUACCUGUUACGAACAUUCCACAGAGUAGCACUCCACCAGCUACCGUAAGGCGUAGUGGUCGCGAAAUAAAACGCCCCAAAUACCUAAGUGACUAUUUGCUGUGA